CCGUCAGCUGGGCGAAGGCUUAGCAUGAGCCAAUCAGCGUGAAGAAGAGAUGCAGAGGGAGGAGCGGGAGAACCACGCGUCCUUCAAUAAAUGAAAGAAAAGCUGUGCAGCUUUCCGAAGCGUGCGUCUCUAAACACUGAAACUUCACUCAGAAACGUCAGGAGUGCAACAUGUCUGACAAGAAGGCAGUGAUCAAAAAUGCAGACAUGUCAGAUGAAAUGCAGCAGGAUGCAGUGGACUGUGCCAUGCAGGCCAUGGAGAAGUACAACAUAGAGAAGGAUAUCGCUGCCUAUGUUAAAAAGGAGUUCGACAAGAAGUACAACCCUACAUGGCACUGCAUCGUUGGAAGGAACUUCGGCAGCUAUGUGACGCAUGAAACCAAGCAUUUCAUUUACUUCUACCUUGGUCAGGUGGCUAUUCUGCUGUUCAAGUCAGGCUAAAGCAUACACAUGUUCCACAACGUGUAUGCUGUCUCUUUUCUGCAGACAUGCCUACCUCCUGGUAUGCUGCUUUCAUCUGUCAAUUACUUUGUGCCAACUGCAACACAACAAUUGGUGAUCAGUGCUUUAGUCAUGUCUGGAAAGAUGAUUCUUAGUCCAAGCAUUAGGAUCACUCUGAUGGUGGCCCUUGGUCGGUAUUUGUACAUCUGACUGUCUCCGUUAUAACUCGGUGUUUUGCUUUUCUGCUUUGUGCCGACCUGUCAAUUAUUUCAGAUGAGUUUGUUGUAAAAUAACUUAUUUUCAGUGCAUUAAAAUAAGCAACAGAGUUUUUGUUUGAAUGCCUAUGAUUUUCAGUGACAACUACUGGACUAAAGAUGCCAGGACUGUUGCUUAAACAUAAUAAAAGCUGUGAAAUGCAGAGAGGUGUAGAGGUUUGUACGUGCUUUACCAUUCCUGGUUAUGCCUAUGAAGACUUGCAGCGUUGCUGCUGCCUAUAUCUCUGUAAAUUCAUCAGGUUGCCUGGCAUUGUGACGGUUUCUGCAGACUCAUCAAAACUGUUGAGCACAAACCUUUGACAAUUAAAUAGUUCAAAUGUC